CCCGUGUCAUCCCCGAAAUAAGCGAUACAAGUUCACCGUGUGCUCUGCCUUAUGAGUUUUCACAUAAAAGGACUGGUUAUUGAAAGCAGCCCCCUUCGCUGCGUUCGAAGCAUCGGGGCACACUCCAGCAGACAUGUUCCCUGUUGCAUCUUUGCUUACUACCGUCCUUCUCGCGUUGUCCACCGCGGCCAGCCCGGUUGAGAUUCGCUCUCCGUUGAUCACGCUACCGUUCGCAAGGAGCCUCAACACAAGGGGUGGUACCGUCAACCUCCUGCAGCAUGAUCAAGUCCGCGCAACUGCUCUUCGUGAUCGGGGCAAUGCCAUUGCCGCUGGGCGUCUUGACCGUCGCCAGAGCAACAUGCCCAUCACCACUUUCGAAGCGGCCGGUUACAUUGCAGCGGUUGGUGUUGGUAGCCCCGCUACUACUUACAACCUGAUCGUCGACACCGGAUCUUCAAACACCUGGGUUGGGGCCGGAACUCCCUACAAAGUGACGAAUACCAGCGUGGAUACUGGCGAACCUGUAUAUGUCCCCUAUGGCUCUGGCUCCUUCUCUGGAACGGAAUAUACCGACACCGUUACCCUCGGGUCUCUCACCAUAACCAAGCAGUCAAUAGGUGUUGCUUCGACGUCGACUGAUUUCUCAGGAGUAGAUGGCGUCCUCGGGAUAGGUCCGGAAGAUUUGACCCUGGGUAGUUUGACUAAUGAGCCAUCCACUGAAAUCCCUACCGUUACCCAGAACCUUUACACGGAAGGCAAGAUUCCCGCCGAAAUUGUUGGUGUUUCCUUUGAACCUUCCACCACCACGUCAUCCAUGAACGGAGAGUUGACGUUCGGUGGUAUCGACACCAGUAAAUACAACGGUGUCUUGACUUACACUCCCCUCACCACCACGAGCCCGGCUUCGUACUACUGGGGUAUUAACGAGAGCAUUACCUAUGGUUGGACGACCAUCUUGUCGACAACCGCUGGUAUUGUUGACACUGGUACCACUUUGAUCCUCAUUGCUACGGACGCCUUCAACCAGUACCAGUCUUUGACUGGUGCCGUGAGCGAUUCCGCCACCGGCAUGUUGCGAAUCACCACUUCGCAAUACAGUGCGCUCCAGAACCUCUACUUCAACAUUAACGGUGUCACCUAUACCCUGACUCCUAAUGGCCAGAUCUGGCCCCGUUCCCUCAACACGUAUAUUGGUGGCAGCUCCUCUUACGUGUACCUCAUCGUCAACGACAUUGGAUCAAACUCUGGCUCAGGCCUGGACUUCGUUAAUGGCAAGGGUUUCCUCGAGCGGUUCUACAGUGUCUUCGACACCACCAACUCUCGUGUCGGCCUCGCCACGACCUCAUAUACUUAUGCUAUCAUAAACUAAGCAUUUACAUAAUAAGUUGCAGGGGGGUAAGGUCCGGUGUGGACUUUUGCAAGUAAGGUGCUCUGCGAUGGUAACUAGGACUCUGUACAUAUCUGGAUUCGCCUGCGACCUUUCCAUGGGCAUGUUGUAACUUAUCUCCGAUAUAUUGGCUACAAUUGUUGCAGACCAAGAUACUUGCGGUUUAUUCGGAAUGGAGAGGUCACCCACUUCGCUGAA